UAUUUUUCUUGACGUAGGCGGAUACAUACUCUCCAUCAGUGAUAUUGACCUGAAGAUAAACAAUUGUUCACUUUAUAUUCAGUGGAAAACAUUAGAUAUGAAUGUUUCUUGUGCAAAUUAUUUGGUGACUGUUUUCGAAAAUGGAAACAAACGGAUCGACACUCACAUUGCAUCAUCGAAAUAUAUUUUUGAUGGAAUUAUAUCGGCAGCUACAUACGAAGUUCGUGUGGUAUGCAAAGAAAAUUCAACCCGUUUGAAACUAAACUCAAGUCCAGACACCUUAAAGGGAACCAUCUCUGCUUUUCCUACCAUGAAGAGUGAAUACAUCAGUGCAAAAGAAUCUGACAACCUUACAUUAAGGUGUCCUUUCUUUGGAGCAUAUAGUUCCUCUGAGAUUCUUUCAUGGGAAUACGCUGUUGGAUUAAACUACACGUCUGUUUUGAGAAACUUCCAGUCGACACUAAUCCAUCUUGACACUAUUUCUUACAAGGACAUGGGAAAAUAUUUCUGCACAAUGAAGUACGAAGAAUGCAGCAAUUCAUCGACUCAGAGACAAGAAAAAGGAUUUGUUUUUGUUACAAUAACAGGUCCACCUGUUAUCUUGUCAGCAAACACCUCCAUGAAUGGAACGAAUGAUCACAUUAUCCAUGUCAAACUUGAAUUAAUAAGCUUUCCUGACCCAACUUGCAAAAUCAGGGUAGAGGAUGAUAAACAUUCAGGUUUUAUUGCCAAAAACUGCAAGCUGUGGACAACGGUUUUAGCAUUUAAGCAAAUCGAUAAAUAUAUCGAUGUUCCAGGAUAUAUUUUAAGUUUUGAUAUUGAAAGCAUAGACAGCAGUUUUAACAAAAGUCCCGAAUUGCGAAUAUUUGUUUCAAACAAAGAAGGAACCAGGAAAUACGAAAUAAGAAGCAAUAAUUCAAAACAACUAAAUCCUUUUGGAUGGGGUGUGAACUUAGAUGUAUGGAUUAUUACAUACACUACAGGAAGUAUACUUUGUGUCCUAAGCGUUGCAUUGACCAUUGCAUCUAUUUACAAAAGCAAAAAAUGGAAUUGUUCUGCCACUCAUCAGGUGAGAGCGACAGAUAUAUCCGGUGGUUAUGAAAAUGGGAUCGAUUUACGUAUUCUGGAUGAUUACACCCCUCUGGCAAAGUAUGAACAGCAACAGCCAAGUUUAUGUUAGCGUUAAUCAACAUUAUAAAUUCAAAGACUAUACCUUAUAAUGAGAUUAUUAAAAAAAAUAUGAAUGUUCCUUUCGCAUAAAAUUCAAGCAAUCUACUUUGUAAAAGCAUAGAUAGAUAGAUUUACAAGAAAACUUGAAUAAUUGCGCACUUAUAUGACGGAAUAUUGAAAAACUUUUGAUUGCAGUGUAAUUCUUAACAUGUUUUCUUUCAAUAUUAAAUUACAUGUAUAUGUAAUAAGAGUAAAAGUGACAAAAACCUCGCCUAUACGCAACCCCCUCUUAAAAUUACACGGGGUCUGUUAUCUCAGUUAUCGUCAUUUAUUUUUAUUUUCAUUUUAAUUUGGAUAAGAGAAGCAAUUCCUCCUCUUAAAAAAUGUUACAUGUGUAUUAAUAGUCAAUAAUUUCAUUUUGAUGGUAAUGUGGUAUAUCAAAUGAACAACAAUG